UGACUCUCUUCACAGAUUAAUAAUCCUUGAAUAUUUAAAUGGGAAGAGAUAACGAGACUUGGGUGAGUGAAUUUAUUCUCCUUGGCCUGUCCAGUGACUGGGACACUCAGGUCUCCCUCUUUGUCCUGUUCUUAGUCAUGUAUGUGGUGACCAUGCUGGGGAACUGUCUCAUUGUUCUUCUGAUCAGGCUGGACAGCCGACUCCAUACUCCCAUGUAUUUCUUUCUCACCAACCUCUCCCUCGUUGAUGUCUCCUAUGCCACAAGCAUAGUCCCUCAGCUACUGGCGCAUUUUCUUGCAGAACAUAAAGCCAUCCCGUUCCGGAGCUGUGCAGCCCAGUUAUUUUUCUCCCUGGCCUUGGGUGGGAUUGAGUUUGUUCUCCUGGCAGGGAUGGCCUAUGACCGCUAUGUGGCUGUGUGUGAUCCCCUGCGAUACUUGGCCAUUAUGCACAGAGGACGGUGUGCUAGGUUGGCCGUCACAUCCUGGGUCAGUGGAUCCAUUAACUCUUUCAUGCAGACCACCAUCACCUUUCAGCUGCCCAUGUGCACAAACAAGUUUAUUGAUCACAUAUCCUGUGAACUUCUAGCAGUGGUCAGGCUGGUUUGUGUGGACACCUCCUCCAAUGAGGUUGCCAUCAUGGUGUCUAGCAUUCUUCUUCUGAUGACACCCUUCUGCCUGGUUCUUUUGUCCUACAUCCGGAUCAUCUCCGCCAUCCUAAAGAUCCAGUCCAGAGAAGGAAGGAGGAAAGCCUUCCACACAUGUGCCUCUCACCUCACGGUGGUUGCCCUGUGCUAUGGCAUGGCCAUUUUCACUUACAUCCAGCCCCAUUCUGGUCCCUCUGUCCUUCAGGAGAAGUUGAUCUCUCUCUUUUAUGCCAUUUUGACACCAAUGCUGAAUCCUAUGAUUUACAGCCUAAGGAAUAAAGAGGUUAAGGGGGCCUGGCAUAAACUAUUAGGGAAAUUCUCUGGGUUAACAUCAAAGCUGGCAACUUGACUCGUGAGCAUAACUUCGAGAAAACAGCUUUGCCUCAUUGUUCUCCACCCAACACAGAUUUGACAGGUAUAAACUAUGUUGCCCUGGCAACCAGGAAGGAGAUGAUGCAGCAUGUACUGAGGACGUUAUGUAGGAGGCUGAGUGGUUGAGAUAGGGUGUGAGAUGUGUGGUAGUUUUAUGUCAUAAUUAGUGGAGUAUGGCACUGCCACCUUAGACCUGUCACAUUAUUUAGUCUCCAUUUCUUUGUCUUGAUAGUAAUUGGAAUAAACUGUACCACAUUAUUAUACUGUUGGGUUUGUUACAUUGUUUGUAAUCAUGGACCUACACCUAGCUCUUACACUGAAUAACUGGUUAUUUUUCCAUAUUUCAGAAAGGUUAUAAUGUUUGUCUUGGGUCAAAUGCAUAUUCACUGUUGAAAAUUUGCUCACAAUAAUACACGAUGUAAGUCGCCACAUACAAUAUAUUUGUGAUUCAUGGAGAAACAUCAAUUAAAGAUCUUGCUCACUCUGA